AUGGCCUAUACCGAGGCACGCGCUCCCGGGCGGCCAUUUGUCUCAUACCAGCCAUUGAGCCGCAUCUACAGGCUCAUCUACAUCAGCUCAAUCGUAGCCCGAUUGCCAUUCUGGGUCCUCAGUUUCGCACUCAUACGGAGGUGGAGAAAACACCCAACGUGGACUCUCAAGCAGACGUUGCUGAAUCGCCUUGCUAAAGAGCUUCUCCACGUCACGAGCAGGUCAGAGAAACCAGAGCGGCUGACCCUGGAGCCGGGCAAAGAGAAAGAGAGGUUCGAGAAGAUAGAGCCGUUCCCCGCCAACUUGUAUCGGGGUCCUCUGGACGAGGACACCGUCAAGCCGGCGACGAUCGGUGGCACAUGGUUCCCGACGAGACCGCACUGGAACCACCGCGAAACCGACUCGACGGUGGUCUUGCACUUCCAUGGAGGCGCCUACGUCAUAGGAAACGGCCGAUCAGACCAGCUCGGGUUCCUCUCCUCGAGACUCCUCAAGUAUGCAAACGUCGACGCCGUCUUCAGUCCCCAAUACCGUUUGGCCUGCCGACCCGAUCCAGCCCCCUUUCCAGCUGCGCUACAAGACGCCCUGACGAGCUACCUCUACCUCGUGCGUACGGAGGGCAUCUCAGCGAGCAACAUCACCCUUUCGGGCGACAGCGCCGGAGGCAACCUCGUGAUCGCAUUUCUCCGGUACCUCGCCGAGUUCGGUGCACAGCUCGACAUCCCGCCGCCGCGCAACGCGGUCCUGAUCUCGCCAUGGGUGGCCCCGGUCAAGGGGCUCUGGCCCGAGAUCUGCACGACAAGCAACCCGCACUUCCGGACGGACUACAUCGCCCAUACGUUUCUGCAAUGGGGCGCCAAGGAGAUUUCGCGCAUCGUGCCGGCGACGGACCCGUAUAUCUCGUGUCUGGGCCACCCGUUCGCGACGCCGGUGCCGAUGUUCGUGAACAUCGGCGCGGCGGAGAUCCUGGAGAUUGACGACACGCAGUGGGUGCGCGAGAUGGGCCGGGUGGAGGGCAAUGUUGUCGAGGUCAAUUAUGAGGCAGCGGCGCCGCAUGAUACGCUGCUCUUGGGUGCGGUGCUCGGGUGGGAGAAGAGCGCGCAGGGGGUGGCGGAACUGAUUGGGGUUUUCAUCCGGAAGAACUCUCGUGAGUAG